CGAAGGUGGAGACCAUCGACCUGCCGCAACGUUUCAGCUUCGAGUUCCUGCUGGGCCGCCUCGACCUGGACCUUGUCGACGAUCGCAGGACCUCUGACGUCCAGAGGCAGCUGCUGCAGCUGGCCCUCAGCGAGGCCAACCUGCGGAUCGACGUGAACAUGGCCACGGACCACAGGGGGCGCGACUCCGCCGAGUGGUCGACCGAGGUCCGCGUGGGUGGCUUCCAGGCCGUCCACUGCGCCAGCACGCUCUUCAGGCUCCACAGCGAGCCCUCGACUCUGGCGGUGGGGCGCCAGCCGUCGAACAAGGUGGCCGCUGGCCGCAUGCCGUCGUUCCGGCCGUCGUACCAGCCGGGCGAAGGCGAGCCGGCCGCGAAGUUGGCCGUGGCCAGCAAGCUCGAGAAGGAGCAAAACCUCCUGGAGCUGGACUUCGGUUUCAAGCCGAUCGAGGUGCACUUCCUGCCCGGCGUCGUGGAGCUCCUCCUGGAG